GAAAACAACAGCAACAACAACACAACAAUCUUCAUCACCAUCAUCAACAACAACAGCAGCAACAACAAAAUCUUUAUGUUCAACAAAGAAUGUCCGCCGGCGCUCAAUUGCAGAUGGCCCCACAGACAUCGACGUCCAUAAGCCAUCAUACAACACAACAGCAACAACAUUUUGUUCAUAAUUCACAACAGCAGCAACAACAACAAUCGCAACAGGCACUUUUGUCACAGGUCCAGCAACCGCAAUUAAUACAGCAACAACAGCAAUCACAACAACAACAGCAGCAGCAACAAUUGCAGCAAUUGCAACAACAACAUAUAACACAUUAUUCCCAACAACAGCCCCAAACACUUGCCACAAAUCCUCAUACUUCACAUCUACAACAGCAGCAACAACAACAUCACCAUCUACAGACACCAACAUCGCAGCAGCAACAACAAACACAUUCACAACAACAUCUAUUGCUGCAUCAUCAGCAACAACACAGUGGUGGUGGCCACAGCAGUAAUCCUGACUCGAAUAUGAGCACUGGCUCUUCACACAGCGAAAAAGAUGUUGUUAAUUCAGACAUGCUAAGUGCACAGCAGCAACAAUCCAGCGGUAUUCUACAACAACAAAUUGGUAUUUUGCAGCAUCAGCAGACGGCAAACGUAGCAGUAUCAACAGCUGGCAACAACGGUAUGAUGAAUACUGGCGGCACUGGCGGUAUGGGUAUAUCAGCAGAUCCAAAUGCCAUGCAAACCACAAAUCACCAUCUUACUGGACGCAUGGAAAAACUAUCACGCACUCCCACUGAACGAAAACGUAAACGAAAAAUAACAGCUCUGCAUACAGACGACAGUGGUGGUGCUGGUGGAGGAGGUGGUGGCGGCGGUCCCGGCGGCGGUAACGGAGGUAAUAAUUCAAGCAACGCUAGUAAAUCAACUAAACACAACAAUUCCUCGUCAUCUUCUGGCUCACAGUUAUUAAAAAACAAUUUAUCUCUAAAUUUAGGUGCUCAACAGGAUCGUCUUCAAAUGCCCGGCUCUGGCGUGGGCGCUGGCGGCGGCAAGACACCUCGUCUCCUACCACCCGGUAGCGGAGGCUCUAUAGGCGAUAACAAAAAGAUCAAUGACUAUUUCAAUGCUAAGCUAAGUGUACAGUCCACAGGAGCCACUAAUAGUCCUAUGAGGCAUACAGCUGGCGGCGGCUCUAAGAGUCCCUCAUCGGCUGGCCCGCAACAACAGCAGUCGCAGCAGCAACCUGGGCCCCAGGCCCAACAAGUGCCAACAUCUGUAGGCGGCGGUAAUAGCGCGUAUCCCAUGUAUCCACCUAGUCCACAACAACCACAAAUUUCCGCACCUGGCGGUAUACCGCCAACACCUACGUCACAACCCCCGCCUCCAGAUUUCCAUUACAGUAGUGUAGCGGCUGCCAACUCGGUAACGGGUAAGCAGCAAAGACAGCAGCAAACUUCCAAUGCAAUGGUUCCUCCGCAGUCACCCCUAGUUGGAGUGGGCGGUAAUGUUGGUCUAAUGUCGUCCUCCCACAUGGCACACAAUCAAGCUGCGGCCGGUUCCUUGAUGGGAGGUGCAACAACGGCGGGCGCAGGUGGCGGCGCGGGCAAUGGGCCUCCUCCACCACCCCUGCCACAGCAGCAGCAACAGCAAACUCUUCAACUUCCCGCCUCUUCCGUCGUUGCCACCAACGUGCAACAGACACUGACAACCUCGCAGCAACAGCAAAUGGCCGCUGCAGCGGCCGCCCAACUCAAUUCACUGCAACAUGCCGGCAUGCUCACCAACAAUCCAGGUGGUGUACCACAAACGGUUGGCGUUAGUGGAGCGCCCCAGCCACAACCCUCGACAUCGACGGUUACCAAAGCAACUCAAACCGAUCUCUCUCAACACGACAUGCAAGAACGUGAAUCGGAGAGUGAAUCUAGCAAAUCAAAAUUGGAUGAGAUGACAAGACUGUCUGAUGAACAAAAAUGUCAAAUUAUUGCUCAUCAAAAACUAAUCGAUCAACACAAAUCCCACAUAGCCAAGUGUAUUGAUGUGGUCAAGAAGCUGCUGAAGGAGAAGUCCAGCAUCGAGAAAAAGGAGGCUCGUCAAAAGUGCAUGCAGAACAGACUGCGACUGGGCCAGUUCGUUACACAGCGUGUAGGUGCUACAUUCCAGGAAAACUGGACCGACGGCUAUGCCUUCCAGGAGUUGAAUCGACGACAAGAAGAAAUCUCGGCCGAACGUGAGGAAAUCGAUCGUCAAAAGAAGCAACUAAUGAAGAAACGGCCAGCCGAAUCUGGUCGCAAGCGUAACAACAAUAGCCAGCAGAAUUCCAAUUCCAAUGAUUCCUCCAACAUGAAUGCUGGAUGUGAUCGUCUGUCGGGCAACGAUAGCGGCAUCAGUGGCGUUUCAUCGGCUACGGGCGGUGGUGGCGGCAGUGGUCGUGGCCUAUCACGAUCCAAUUCGACACAAGCUCAAAACCAACUGUUGCACAAUGGCGGCAGUGGUACCAGCGGUACUGGCAUGGGUUCAGAUCGUUUAUCGGAUCGUGGUGGUGGCGGUGGUUCGGGACGAGGUGAUAAUUCUGGCAGUGGUUCCGAUUCAGCAACGUUCCUUAAACCUGAUCCCGUAUCAGGUGUCUAUACCGCUCAAGAAUAUUACGAAUACGAUGAGAUUCUUAAGUUACGCCAAAAUGCUCUCAAAAAGGAAGAUGCCGAUCUUCAGUUAGAAAUGGAAAAAUUGGAACGUGAACGUAAUUUGCAUAUACGUGAAUUGAAACGUAUUUUGAAUGAAGAUCAGUCCCGCUUCAAUAAUCACCCAGUAUUGAAUGAACGCUAUCUAUUGCUGAUGCUUUUGGGUAAAGGUGGUUUCUCAGAAGUCCACAAGGCAUUUGAUUUAAAGGAACAACGUUAUGUAGCAUGUAAAGUUCAUCAAUUGAAUAAGGAUUGGAAAGAAGAUAAGAAGGCCAAUUAUAUCAAACACGCUUUGAGAGAAUAUAACAUUCACAAGGCCCUCGAUCAUCCCAGAGUGGUGAAAUUAUAUGAUGUCUUUGAAAUCGAUGCAAAUUCAUUCUGUACGGUUUUAGAAUAUUGUGAUGGUCAUGAUUUAGAUUUCUAUCUAAAACAACAUAAGACGAUACCCGAACGUGAAGCACGUUCCAUUAUAAUGCAGGUUGUAUCUGCUCUAAAAUAUUUGAAUGAGAUUAAACCACCGGUUAUCCAUUAUGAUUUGAAACCGGGUAAUAUUCUAUUAACCGAGGGCAAUGUAUGCGGUGAAAUUAAAAUUACCGAUUUUGGUUUAUCCAAAGUAAUGGAUGAUGAAAAUUACAAUCCUGAUCAUGGCAUGGAUUUAACUUCACAGGGCGCAGGAACAUAUUGGUACUUGCCACCAGAAUGUUUUGUGGUGGGUAAGAAUCCCCCAAAAAUCUCAUCUAAAGUUGAUGUUUGGAGUGUGGGUGUGAUAUUCUAUCAAUGUUUGUAUGGCAAGAAACCAUUUGGCCAUAAUCAAUCACAAGCCACCAUAUUAGAGGAGAACACCAUAUUGAAAGCCACUGAAGUACAAUUCCCCACUAAACCAACAGUAUCAAAUGAAGCAAAGAGCUUUAUUCGAGGAUGUUUGGCUUAUCGUAAAGAAGAUCGCAUGGAUGUAUUUGCGCUGGCGCGGCACGAAUACAUACAACCUCCCAUUCCAAAGCAUGGCCGUGGUCAAUCGCUGACACAGCAACAGCAGCAACAACAACAACAGCAGCAGCAACAACAGCAGCAACAGCAAUCAUCAGGUAAUCAAGCCAAUUCUGCCGGACAGACAUCAUUUUCAGCGGGCAUGUUUGGCAAUUUGAAUCAAUCGAGUUCGUCCUAGCUGCACACUAAACGUAAUUCCAAUUCAUAAUUGUUAAAGUUAAUACAAAGUAAUAGUAGUAAUAUCAAUCACAACAACAACAACCACAACAACAAUAAUAAUAAUAUUGGCCACAAUCAUCAUCACC